GCUGCCAGUGACCACUCUCUGGGGGGCCAGAGAGUAGGGAAAGAAACGGAGAGGAAUACCUCACUUUCAGGCUAUAUUGAUGCUUCUUCCCAGCAUCCCAAACUCUUCAGCAGGUGCUGGGACAGCCGUGAACUCUUACAACUGAGUCAGGAAGGAAGCCGAGAGGAGAGCUGGGACUGAAAAGCAGUCGAGGCUACACGGAUCCCAGUUGCUCCUCAGAGAUUCAGCAGGAGAUCCCGAUGGAGGAGGAUAAUACCCAGAGAGAGGAGCCCCAGGAAGAUGGUGAUGGUGAUGUGCGCCAUUUUGAUUCCAGCGAGAUCAUGGCAGAGCACAGCCACACACAAAAGCAGCUGGAUUUACAAAAUGGUAGCUUAGAGGAAGAUAUUGGGGUGCCUGCUCUUGAGGACGAUUCUUCUCAAAACAUGAUGGAGAGCCCAAGCCCGAAGAAAUACUCUUCCAGUCUUAGAUUUAAAGCCAAUGGAGAUUAUUCUGGCUCCUAUUUAACCCUCUCACAACCUGUGCCUGCUAAAAGAAGUCCUUCUCCUUUGGGAACUGGUAUCAGAAAUAGCCCCUCCUUGGCCAAAAUCCAGGGAGGCAAGCAGUUCUCUUGUGAUGGAACUGACAAAACUAUUUCCAUAAAACCUCCCACUCCGUUACUCAGCACUGCACCCUCCCUCAGCGGAUACCCCCUUGGGAGAGUGGACUUUGAUCCUUACUCUGGCCGGGAUGGUGAAAGGGCCUUGAGGCUCUCAGAGAAGCCUCCCUAUUCCAAAUACAGCUCAAGGAAUAAAUCACAUGACAAUGUCUACUUUCUUGGAGGCCUGGAAGGUCGAAAGGCAUCUGGCUCACUCCUGACCAUGUGGAAUGGAGGUUCUCUGAGUGAUGCUGGCUCCUUUCCUGUCAGCAGAUCGGGAGCAGCAAGUAUGCCUUCAAGCCCAAAGCAAGCUAGGAAAAUGAACAUUCAGGACAACCUGACACUUCAGCCCAGGUUGACUAGACACAAAGAGCUAGCACCUGAAAACAUGAGCGUAAGAACUAGGAAGUACUCGGGCAGUGGCCUGAGUCACAUGGGAGCCUACAGCCGAUCCCUUCCCAGGCUGUACAAAGCCACAGAGAACCAGCUGACACCUCUCAGCUUGCCUCCAAGAAACUCUCUGGGCAAUUCCAAAAGAACAAAACUUGGGGAAAAGGAUCUACCUCAUAGCUUAAUAGACAAUGACAAUUACCUUAAUUUUUCUUCUUUAAGCUCAGGGGCUUUACCUUAUAAAUCCUCUGCCUCUGAAGGCAAUCCUUAUGUAAGUUCCACCGUCAGUGUCCCUGCCAGUCCCCGAGUGGCUCGAAAGAUGCUUCUGGCUUCCACUUCCUCUUGCGCUUCUGAUGACUUUGACAGGGCUUCAUACUCAGGCUCGGGGACAAGUCCAAGUCAUUCAUUUCUUCCCGGAGAGCCAGACAGAGUGUUUGCAGCCAGAAGGAACUUCUCUUGCGGAUCUGUGGAGUUUGAUGAGGCUGAUUUGGACAGCCUCAGACAGGCCUCAGGCACGCCUCAGCCUGUCCUGCGGGAACGGAAGAGCAGCAUUAGCUCCAUUUCAGGACGUGAUGACCUGAUGGAUUAUCACCGGCGGCAGAGGGAGGAAAGACUCAGGGAGCAGGAGAUGGAGCGAUUGGAGAGACAACGUCUGGAGACCAUCCUCAGUCUGUGUGCUGAGUACACAAAGCCUGACAGCCGCUUGUCCACUGGCACCACGGUGGCAGAUGUGCAAAAAAUCAACAAGGAGCUUGAGAAGCUGCAGCUGUCUGAUGAGGAGUCCGUGUUUGAAGAAGCCCUGGUGAGCCCUGACACAAGGUACAGGUGCCACCAGAAGAGCCUCCUCCGUGAUGGGGACUCUGCAGGCUUUGGGAGCCUUAGUCAGAGCGGUGCCAGCUUCCUGGCCCCCAGGAGCAUCAGGAGUGAUGAACUGCUCAGUGAGCUCACCAGGACUCCCCCCACACCAUCCUCUGCCUUCCUGAAAGCUUCCAGCGAGUCCUCUUACCUAAGCAUCCUACCUAAGACCCCAGAGGGUAUAAGCGAAGAACAGAGGGCCCAGGAGAUGGCUGCAAUGGAAGAUACCAGGAUAGUAAUUCUCAACAACCUUGAGGAACUUGAACAAAAGAUCAAAGAUAUAAAUGACCAGAUGGAUGAGUCUUCCAGAGAGUUGGAUAUGGAAUGUGCUCUUUUGGAUGGAGAACAGAAAUCUGAAACAACUGAACUUAUGAAGGAGAAGGAGAUAUUGGAUCAUCUAAACCGGAAAAUAGCAGAACUGGAAAAGAACAUUGUUGGUGAAAAGACCAAGGAGAAGGUAAAGCUUGAUGCUGAAAGGGAAAAACUAGAGAGGCUCCAGGAGCUUUACUCCGAGCAGAAGACCCAGCUGGACAAUUGUCCUGAGUCCAUGAGGGAACAGUUACAACAACAACUGAAGAGGGAUGCCGACCUAUUGGAUGUGGAAAGCAAACACUUUGAAGACCUGGAGUUCCAGCAGCUUGAACACGAGAGCCGUCUGGAUGAGGAGAAGGAGAACUUGACCCAACAGCUCCUGCGUGAAGUGGCUGAGUAUCAGCGGAACAUUGUUGCUAGAAAGGAAAAAAUUUCUGCAUUGAAAAAGCAAGCCAAUCAUAUUGUUCAGCAGGCUCAGAGAGAACAAGAUCAUUUUGUGAAAGAAAAGAAUAAUCUAAUAAUGAUGUUACAAAGAGAAAAGGAGAAUCUUUGUAAUUUGGAAAAGAAAUACUCCAGCCUUUCUGGAGGGAAAGGGUUUCCUGUUAACCCCAAUACCUUAAAAGAGGGCUAUCUCAGUGUAAAUGAAAUUAAUGAGCCAUGUGGCAAUUCCACGAAUCUAUCCCCUUCCACUCAGUUCCCUGCUGAUGCUGAUGCUGAUGCUGUUACCACUGAGCCUGCCACAGCUGUGCUGGCGAGCCAGCCACAAAGUAAAGAGCACUUUAGAAGUCUGGAAGAAAGGAAAAAACAACAUAAAGAAGGCCUCUAUCUGAGUGACACUUUGCCUCGAAAGAAAACCACACCUGCCAUCUCCCCACAUUUCAGCAGUGCUACUAUGGGGAGAAGCACCGCCCCAAAGGCUCACCUGCCCCUAGGACAGAGCAACAGCUGCGGCAGUGUGCUCCCUCACUCGCUGGCGACCAUGACCAAAGACUCCGAGUCUCGGAGGAUGCUCAGAGGUUAUAAUCACCACCAGAUGAGUGAAGGACAAAGGCAGAAAUCUGAAUUUUACAACCGCACAGCAUCUGAAUCAAAUGUCUAUUUGAACAGUUUCCAUUACCCAGAUCACAGCUACAAGGACCAGGCCUUUGAUACUUUGAGCCUAGACAGCUCUGACAGCAUGGAGACCAGCAUCUCUGCUUGCUCACCUGACAAUAUCUCUAGUGCCAGCACUUCAAAUAUUGCCAGAAUAGAAGAAAUGGAGAGACUUUUGAAGCAGGCUCAUGCAGAAAAGACACGACUACUUGAAUCCAGGGAACGGGAAAUGGAAGCCAAAAAAAGAGCCCUGGAAGAAGAAAAACGACGCCGAGAAAUCCUGGAAAAACGAUUGCAGGAAGAAACUAGCCAGAGGCAGAAGUUAAUAGAAAAGGAAGUAAAAAUAAGGGAGAAACAAAGAGCUCAGGCUCGGCCUUUGACACGCUAUUUGCCUGUCCGGAAGGAAGACUUUGAUUUGCGGAGCCAUGUGGAGACUGCAGGCCACAAUAUUGAUACUUGUUAUCAUGUAUCAAUCACAGAGAAGACCUGCCGAGGAUUCCUCAUCAAAAUGGGUGGAAAAAUUAAAACUUGGAAAAAACGUUGGUUUGUUUUUGAUAGGAACAAGCGAACAUUCUCUUAUUAUGCAGAUAAGCAUGAAACUAAAUUAAAAGGAAUAAUAUACUUUCAAGCCAUUGAAGAAGUAUAUUAUGAUCACCUCAAGAAUGCUAAUAAGAGUCCUAAUCCAUUACUCACCUUUAGUGUCAAGACGCAUGACAGAAUCUAUUACAUGGUGGCCCCAUCACCGGAAGCCAUGCGGAUCUGGAUGGAUGUUAUAGUUACUGGGGCAGAAGGUUACACUCACUUCUUGUUGUAGUGAACUGGAGCAACAGUCCACUUCAGGGCAGACUGCAAUAACCUCUUACAAGAAAGAAGCCAUAUUCAAUCCCAGAUGGGAACACCCAACAGACCCAUCCCUUCAACUGUGUACAUUCAGAACUCUUCCCAUAUUGACAAGAAGUCAUUUGUAAAGACAAAUGAAGGGGUAUUGAUACAGAGCUUGAUGAUAAAUAGCAAAGGAAUUUAAGUUCCCAUGAGAAAAA